AUGUUCAACUGGGUUCAGCAACAGAUCGCCAAUGUCGCCGGCACGCAAGAGCCCAUUUACGGCCCCUCGGCCAUCCGAUCGGUGGCUGAGGAGGCCAAGGCGACUCCCUAUACCGAAAUCGGCCGCGACGAUCUGAAGUGGAAAGAGAUGGAGUGGACCAAUGUCGAGACGCAGACCUUUUACUUCUUCUCCGACCAAGGCAGAGUCGGCAUGGCGCAGGUCAUCUACAGCAACGUUGCUGGUAUCCGCAAGACGUGCCAGUUCAACUCGAAAAUCUUUUCCACCGACCCGUCAAUGCCUCACCUGUGGUCCUCGACGCCGCUAAACAACUUUGAAAUUAGCGAGGACAAGGGGUCCUUUUACGCCGACGACUGCGCCCUCGAGCUGUCCGCCGACGGCAACUCCUACACCAUCAAGAGCCUCAACGACGAGCGCGCCAUUGUCAACAUCAAAGUCACCAAGACGGCACCGGGCUUCCAGGCCGGCACGACGGGCACCAGCAGCUACGGAACCGAUCCCAAGGAGCCCUGGGGCUGGAUGCGCCACGCCUUUUGGCCGCGCUGCGCCGUCGAGGGCACCAUCACCACGGCCGACGGCCCCGUCGACUUUGCCGGCCGCGGGCUCUACAUCUACGCCCUGCAGGGCAUGAAGCCGCACCACGCCGCAGCCCGCUGGAGCUUCCUCAACUUCCAGGGCCCCAGCCACUCGGCCGUCAUGAUGCAGUUCACCACCCCGCCCUCGUACGGCUGCACCGUCGUCAACGUCGGCGGCGUCGCGGUCGACGGCGCGAUCGUCGGCGCAGGCUGCGGCAGCACCGUCAACCACACCGCCAUCGAGACCGAUCCGGAGAGCGGCUGGCCCGCCCCGACCAAGGCCACAUUUGCCUGGCACGUCAAGGACAAGGACGGCAACCCCGUCGAGGCCGAGAUUGACGCUGCGCUCGGGAAGCGCAUCGACCGUGUCGACGUCAUGGCCGAGGUCCCUGCGUUUGUCAAGCGUAUCGUGGCUGGUGCCGUUGGAACCAAGCCUUAUAUCUACCAGUAUUCCGUCGAGGCUACGCUCAAGCUCAAGGUCGGCGACAAAGAAAUUACCGAGAAAGGCCACAUCUUCAGCGAAGCCACCUUUAUCUCGGACCUCGAGACACCAUCCGAGUAG